GGGCCCGGGCCAGGGCGCGUCCGCAGCUGCCGGAGUCCCGGGAUCUCCCUGCGUGUCCCUCCCGGUCCCAGUGCGAUUCCCGCGCUCUCGCCCCACCAUGCUCCUGCUUUUAGGGCUGUGCUUGGGGCUUUCUCUCUGCGCAGGGUCGCAGGAAGAGGCACGGAGCUGGGAUGACACUUCGGAGCAAGUUGGACUCAGGGUCCCCAGGCAACUCAGGCUGCUGCAGAGGCUGAAAACCAAGCCCUUGAUGACAGAAUUCUCGGUGAAGUCCACCAUUAUUUCUCGUUACGCCUUCACUACAGUCUCCUGCAGGAUGCUGAACAGGGCUUCUGAGGACCAGGAUGCUGAGUUCCAGAUGCAGAUUCCAGCUUCAGCUUUCAUCACCAACUUCACCAUGAUUAUUGGAGAAAAGGUGUAUCAGGGUGAAAUUACAGAAAAAGAGAAGAAAAAUGGUGAUAAGGUAAAAGGGAAAAGGAAUACAACCACAGAAGAAAAUGAAGAGAAGGGGGCUGAUACGUUCAGAGCUUCUCUAGUGAUUCCCAGCAAGGACAAAGCCAUCUUCCUCCUGAGUUAUGAAGAACUUCUGCAGAGAAGGCUUGGGAAGUAUGAGCACGUCAUCAGUGUGCGACCCCAGCAGCUGGUUGGGAGACUGAACGUGGAAGUGAAUGUUCUGGAGAGGUCAGGCAUCACGUCCUUGGAGGUGCCCCCACUUCACAACAGCAGGCAGAAGGGAAGUGGGAGAGGGGAAGAUGAUUUGGGGCCACCUCCUUCUACUGCUAUCAACCAAAAUGAAACUUUUGCCAAGGUCGUUUUUAAGCCUACUGUGGUACAACAAGCCAAGAUUGCCCAGAAUGGAAUUUUGGGAGAUUUCAUCAUUCGAUAUGAUGUCAAUAGAGAAAAGAGCAUUGGAGACAUCCAGGUUCUAAAUGGCUAUUUUGUGCACUACUUUGCUCCCAAAGACCUUCCUCCUUUGCCCAAGAAUGUGGUUUUUGUUCUUGACACCAGUGCCUCUAUGGUGGGAACCAAACUCCGGCAGACCAAGGAUGCCCUCUUCACCAUUCUCCAUGACCUCCGGCCCCAGGACCGCUUCAGUAUCAUUGGGUUUUCCAACCGGAUCAAAGUGUGGAAGGACCACUUGCUGUCAGUUACUCCCCUCAACAUCAGGGACGGCAAGAUCCACAUUCACCAUAUGUCACCCAGUGGAGGCACAGACAUCAACGGUGCCCUUCAGACAGCCAUCGGGCUGCUCAACAAUUAUGUGACCCACAACGACAUCGAGGACCGGAGUGUGUCCCUCAUCAUCUUCUUGACAGAUGGGAAGCCCACCGUUGGGGAGACCCACACCCUCAAGAUUCUCAACAACACCAAGGAGGCCGCCCGAGGUCGGAUCUGUAUCUUCACCAUCGGCAUUGGGAACGACGUGGACUUCAAACUGCUGGAGAAACUGUCGCUGGAGAACUGUGGCCUCACCCGGCGCGUGCAUGAGGAGGAGGACGCUGGCUCGCAGCUCAUCGGGUUCUACGAUGAGAUCAGGACCCCCCUCCUUUCUGACAUCCGCAUCGACUAUCCCCCUGGCAUAGUGGAGCAUGCCACCAAAACUCUGUUCCCCAACUAUUUCAACGGCUCAGAGAUCAUCAUCGCCGGGAAGCUGGCGGACAGGAAGGUGGAGCAGUUGCCCGUGGAGGUCACCGCCAGCAACAGUAAGAAGUUCGUCGUGCUGAAGACGAAGGUGCCCGUGGAGCCCCAGAAAGUGGGGAAUGAUGUCCCAGGAAGCCCCAGGCCCAAAGGUGAUGGCCAGGGGGACCCCAACCACAUCAAGCGUCUCUGGAGCUACCUCACCGUGAAGGAGCUGCUGAGCUCUUGGGUGCAGAGUAAUGAUGAGCAGGAGAAGGAGCAGCUGAGGCAGAGGGCCCAGGCGUUGGCCGUGAACUAUCAUUUCCUCACCCCCUUCACAUCCAUGAAGCUCAAGAAGCCGACUCUCCACACUGGUGGGCUGGAGGACAUCCAUGGCAUGUCUGCUGCCACAGGCCCUGAGAUGGUGAUGCAGAGCCUGCGAGGAGCCGGCCUGCAGCCAGGGCCCACUCUCAAGAAACCAUAUGACCCAAGAAUCAAAAUCUCUAAAACAUCAGGUAAAGAGAAGGAGAAGGAAGAACAGAUUAAAAACAUCAUAGAGUUUCCUUUUGGCAGCUUCUUGGUAUUAUGA